AUGCGUGUAUCUCGUGUCGUUCCUGUACCGAGGCUGUGUUUCGUUUGGGCCAAGGCCUAUGUGAAAGGCUUCCACAGCUGUGACUCGCUUCUGACUCUCUGGGCUUUCGUCCUGUACAGCAUGAUGAUCCUGAAUUUUGCCAAGUCCACCGCCUGUGGCCACAGGGUCAUGAGCACCCUCUGCGCGUGGGAGCCUGAUCCUGAUUUUCCUCACCGUGCUCCGUUGCGGGUGAAGCUCUUCAAUCUGUUGCUGCCGCUAUUCAUGUUCAGCUGGAACGCCAUCGGUAUCCACUGGGCCAGGCUGUCCACUGCGCCUCAAGUUCCACGGCUUGUCUGUCAAGAGGAAAGCCAAGGUGUGAUCGAUGCCAUCUUGGCUUUCGCAACGGUUAACAUCGCGCUGACUGUGUUCAUGUUCCUCAACAUUGUUGGGCUAGCAUACUUCUUUCGAAUGCUUCUUCGAAUGGGAGUUGUCCAGUCCAGCAAGGCGGCACCGGAAGGGUCGUUGGAGGCGAGCACCGAGAAGGUCACUGCCGAAGCAGCUAAACUGGCCGACUCUCCCCAGUGUCCAAUCUGCCUGGAGGACUUCUCCGACGCUGAUGAGUCACAGGAAAUCUCAAGGAGCCAGACCAUGCGAAAAUCGCCUCCACAUCUUGAUUCACUGCAAAGUCUGCCAGAAUGCACCUCGAAGCUGAGCACAGUCGUCCGAUGCAAAUGCCAUCUUCAAUUUUUUGGGAGAGUGCUGAUGGCUGGCGUGUUUUGGGAGUUUCAGAUAGCCUGUUGCCAUGAAGGACCUUGA